GAGGACGGUCAGCGAAGAGUUGGGGCGCAGUGUUGCCAUUACGCUAUCGACUUGGUGGAUGUGGCAGCAAGGCCUGCACAGCUUCUAACGAACCAAAAGAGGGGUGUUAUUCGAGCAAUCAUCGUCCAUCGAACGGUGAGGAGAUUUUGCAACAACAUACUCUCCGAAGAUGGCAGCGGCCAUGGUGGACUCCCCGGCCGCAUACCAGGAAAUGGACGAUCAAAAUGAGGUGGUGUUCCCGUGCAAGGGUUGUGGAGAGAUCUUGGAAGAAGGGAAGGUACGACGAUAGACAGUACGGCUUGCUAUUGUUGGCUGAGGGUAUUGACGAGAUCCAGGCAUUCGAACUUGCCGGCAACCGAUGGCAUAUUGACUGCUUCCGAUGUAAUACAUGCGGAACACUACUCGACUCCGAUGCGAACCUGCUCUUGCUCGGCGACGGCUCCCUCAUCUGUAACAAUUGCACAUAUAGCUGCAACGCCUGCGGCAACAAGAUCGAGGAUUUGGCGAUAUUGACCGGAGAUCAAGCCUUUUGCGCAAGCUGCUUUAGGUGUCGCAACUGCAAGCGGAAGAUCGAAAACCUGCGCUAUGCGCGCACGUCUCAGGGGAUCUUCUGCAUGAGCUGCCACGAGAGCUUGAUGGCCCGGCGGCGGAAGAAGGCUAAGACUACACGACAGCCACAAACAGGAGCCAAUGGAGGCGCGCCGGCUGUUGAGAAAGCUCUGCCUUCGUUGCCACCCGGCGCAGCCACGCAGAGUGCUUUUUCGCCCGAUUUGGAGACGCCCGAGUCGGAUGUGCAGGUAGAGACGCCUGGCCCACCACCUCCACGGCACCAGCAGCCGCUGUUGAGAAAGGAGCCAUCGCCAAGCAGCUACAACAGAGAUGUGUCUCCGUUGUCGGACGAGUCACGCAGAGACGGCCCCACUCUGCCAGCAAGUACUUACGGCUCCCACAGACCGUCCUAUGUCUCCGAAGCAACAGAGGAUGGGGAGGAGCGUGGCUUCUUGCCGAUGGCUUUCGACCCGACACCAGCACCAGGGCCGCCACCCACAAUACCUCGAAAGCAGGUCCCACGACCACCUGACCCGUCGCCUCCACCGCAGAAUGAGGCUAGGCUAGGACGUGAUUAUUUCUCAGGGAAGCUUUCGGCCAAAGGGGCUCAUCGGGAAGCCUUGCGCGAAGACAGAUCGCCUUCAACUAGAUCAAUCUCCACAGAACGUGAACCCGAGAAGAGGCAGGAGCAGGCGAAGACAAGCCCACACAUUCUCUACCAAGACAAAGGUAGAACGACCAAGAAGCGAGAUGGGUCCGGUACAAAUACUCCCGCACCCACCGCAGCAUCGCCUGUAAUGGUAACUGCGCCAGAAGCUAGGCCAGACCGACCGAAGCCACAGCACAACGAUACCACAUCUUUCACCUUGCAUCGCAAUGCAAGCUUCAAACUGCAAGAAGUGCCGAAGGCGCGAAAAGCGGAGCAGCGAAGCAGUUUCAAUGCCGAGAACAAGUCACCCGUCCCUCUACUGCCCUUGGACACCCAACCUGGUGAUGUGAAGGAGAAGGAGUCAACAGUGUCACCGAUCUCGGUCGACUCUAUUGGCUCGGGCGUCAAUCCAUUCGACGAUCCAAAGCGCAGAGACGGCGCACCUACAAGUGCGGCGCCACCGCCACCAAAGCACGCAGACAGACCUUUGCGUGGAGAUUCGCUUACAGCAAGCCAGCAGAGACCAUCUGCACCUUCAACGGAACCGUCGACACCAGCCACCGUACCUGCACCAAGCACUGUGACGACACAGACGAUUGCGCCGGACCAUCAUCGAAAGAGCUCUGCAUCAUCCGCGCCAUUCUCGUUUAGCGACGCACACAGCACUUUGGGGCCGGACAAUAGCCGAUCAACUUCUGUGGACUCGCCGCAGCCUCGCAGCAGCUUCGAAGCGCCUCCUCCGCGAAACUCCAGUAGACUCACUGCGCCUUCGAAACCACUCAAUGGCGAGUUCGCGGUGCCACGACUACCUCCACCCCCACCACCGCCUCCUGAGACGCGACACAGGAACAACGACUCCAUCAGCACAAUGCAGAGCGUGGAUGUGCGAUCGGACGGUCACUUGUCACCAUCACUCCGUAGUGCCGGCCUGCCGAAGCACAGCGCUGAAGGCACCUUCUCCAUGGAGGAAGAGAUGGCACGCAUACUGCGCGGAGACAGGAAAGAGCACAGAGACGUCGACGCUGGCCAUUCAUCAGUCCUGCGUCGGGUUUCCAAUGCGGUGAAGCAUGGCAGGAGCUUCAGCGAUCGAGGCGCAAUGGCAGCCAAGUCGCCCGCAAAUGGCUCGCUGGAGAUAAGCUCGCCGAUGAGCAUUGGUAGUCCAAGCAUCUCAUCGCCGAACAAAGAGCCGCUUGAGCAGCUAAGAUCGCAGAAUAGAAGACAAGCGCAGCGGAUCGCGGAGCUUGAGGCGGAGAGAGCGGCGAUGGAGGAGCGGCUCAACCAGUCCGCAGAAAUCAAGGCCGCGACCAGCGAGCUGCAGCAGAAGCGGAACACACUGGUUGACUUGGACACGCAACGCGAAAUGGUUGUUGCUGAGCUGGAAAGCAUGACUGCGCAUCUACAGAAGGCCAAGGACAGCAAUCAGCGGCUGGACUUGCAACCGCUGCAGGCCGACAUUCUGCGAGACUUCGCGGAGCGACUGCAAAGACUGAAAGACUCGAUGACCAAACAAAUCGAGGAACUGAUGCGUCAGCGUAAUGAGUUGACGAGUGAGAUUGGCACAUUGAUCCAGAUGAAGGAUAAGGGUUUCCAGGAGUACGAAGCGCUUACCGGCCGGAACCACCAGCUACUUGAAAUGAACAAUCAGCUUGUACACGGCCUUCAGGAGACAUACCGAGCGAACCGUGGAGCAAACGGUGCUGCAGCGGUCGCCGGUGCAGCCAAUGGGCUUGGCAUCUACCAUCCAGGGGCAAGGCUGGAAACACCUGGACCGUCUGACGUGCGCAAUCUGAGUCUGGUAGGCACUGACUCUUCAGUACCGAACAUUCUGCACGAGACCGAAGCCGAACCAGCCACAGUACUCGACGCGCCACAAGUCGUCAACAUCCGCAAGGGCGGCCAAGCCAAGAAAUUCAACUGGCGCAAGGGAGGCGGCGCAGUGGCUCGUAACGUUGCCAAGGGCAUCAAGGGCACGUUCGCCGGCGAAAGCAGUGUGCGCGGCAAGGAGAUUGGCGCGCCGUAUAGUGCGACCGACAUCGGGACGCCAUACGGUCAAAUGCCGCAGCAGAACUUGCCAGGCAGUGAUCAGAACAGUUUGAAUGGCAAGCAGAGCGUGGAGACCAAGCCUGGAGCUGGUUUCGGCUUCUUCUCGACCCCGAAGGCCACGGGGGGACUGAAGGCGGGACAGAUGGGCAGCAUGAAGAAUAGCAGUAGCACGAACCUCGCCGUUACGUCUACUGACCCAACAGUCCUCUUCGGUUCGGAUCUCGAAGCGCGCUGCGAGCACGAGAAGCGCAUGAUCCCCUCCAUCGUCACCCGCUGCAUCGCCGAAGUGGAGCGGCGCGGCAUGGACGUCGAAGGCGUCUACCGCAAGUCCGGCGGCUCCGGCCAAGUCAAAUCCGUGCAGCAAGGCUUCGAGAAGGACGGCAACUACGACCUCUCCGACCCCGACUUGGACAUCCACGCCGUGACGAGCGCCCUGAAGCAGUACUUUAGGAAAUUGCCGACGCCGCUCAUCACGUACGACGCCUACGACUCCCUGCUCGAGGCGGGCCAAAUGAGCGACGGCGAGAAGCAGGCGUAUCACCUGCGGCUUGCAGUGGCAGAUCUGCCGGAGCAUCACCGGAAUUGUCUGGAGUAUCUCGUCCAGCAUUUGGUCAGGGUGAUGGCGCAUGAGAGCGACAAUCUCAUGACGCCGUUGAAUCUGGCGGUGGUGUUUGCGCCGACGAUCAUGCGGCCGUUGAGCAUUGAGAGGGAGAUGAGUGAUAUGCAGGCGCAGCGUAUGGCUGUGCAGGCAUUGCUCGAGCAGCACGAGGCUAUCUUCGACGCAGACGAGUAGAAGGUGCGCCCCUCGCGUUGCUGUUCUGAAUUCUAGGCUGAAUGUAUGGAUUAUGGCGCAAGAUCUGGGGUUUGAAGGGCGUGGCGUUGAAACGGCAAGGUUAUGGCUUGACUUUCCAGAUUGGCAGAGCCGUUGGUUGACCGGGCAUGCAAUGAGCGAUAUACCACCUGCUUGUUGUCUUCUCGAGCGUGCACCGGACAUUGGA